AUGUUGAGUUCUCCGCGACGAUGGUUUUUCAUCGGCUCUCCGCUUAUCAUCUUCACCCUCCUCUACUACGUUCUCUACACAUAUAAUCAACCCUCAGUCGCCGUCAACUCUGAACCCUGGAAUCAGUCCGCAGACCACUUGGUCUUGGAAACCCAGCCACCCCCGCAGCCUUCUGGACCUAAAAUUUCUGUUGAGGAAGACCAAUGUGGACACUUGCGCCGUGAUAUGGACGACGUGCUAGUCAUCUUGAAGACGGGUGCAACAGAAGCCCAGGAAAAAGUGCCAGUGCAGUUGCGCACUGGCCUCCAGUGUGUGCCGCACUUUGCGGUCUUUUCGGAUUAUGAAGAGGUUAUUAACGGCGUGCGUACCUAUGAUGUCUUGCAAAAUGUGUCUCAAACCACUAUGGACAAAGAGCCAGAGUUCGAGUUCUAUAAACGUCUGCAGGAGGUUGGCCGUGAAGGUCUAACGGAUGAAGACUGGGGCGACGAUACCAACGGUCCCUUCGGCAAGGUGAACAACCCUGGUUGGAAGCUGGACAAGUGGAAAUUUCUUCCCAUGGCGGAGGAAGCCCUGCAAGUCAUGCCCGACGCCAAGUGGUUCAUCUUCAUCGAGGCCGAUACGUACAUCGUUUGGCAAAAUCUGGUCAACUGGCUUGCACAUCUGGAUCACACGCGGAGCUACUACCUCGGUAGCCCCAUGCAGAUCGGCGAUAUUCUCUUUGGAUACGGUGGUUCUGGCGUCAUUCUAUCGAACAAGGCUAUGAACCGCCUACACACUUACCAGACCGAGGCUUCGGAUGAAUUGGAGCAAAUGACGGCUACCGAAUGGGCUGGAGACUGUGUUCUGGCCAGGGCCCUUGAAGGCACGCACGUCUACUUGACCUGGGCUUGGCCCAUGAUGAUGACUUCUCGGCCAUGGGAGGUCGACCACUUCUCCGAGGCUUAUGGCCGACAGCCUUGGUGCUACCCCGUAAUCUCGUACCAUCACAUGAACCCUGAUGAUAUCGAGGAGUUGUGGCAGUUCGACCGAGGGUGGUUCCGGAGUGGCAAGAAUGCCUUGCUGCUACACGCCGACGUGUACCGCGAGUAUGUCCACAAUGGAACCCUCUCUCAGCUUGACGACUGGGACAAUCUUUCGGGGGCAGAAAUUGUCUUCGAUGAACCCACUCUUCCCUCUGUCGACUCAUGCGCCGACGCUUGCAUGCAGAAUACUGAAUGCCUGCAAUAUUCUUUCCAUCACGGUGAGAGUUCUUGCAAGCACGCCGCUACUACCUUGCACGGUGUCCGCAGCAAUGGAACAUCCUCCGGCUGGAUUCCCCGCCGUGUCCAAAAACUGUUGAAUACUUUCCAGUCAUCUUGUCCUCAGGUUGAGUAUAUCCUCAACUAA